AGUGCUGUGGAGUAAUUCAUUGUGCAUUGCUUUUCAAUUGAAUUCUCACCUAGUGAAUUAAAGUGUGUAGUGCAAUUAAUUGGUAAAUUUAUGCACAGAACCGUGUUGCAAUGGAAUACAAAAAAAUCCGUUCUAUUUUAAUCCAAAGAGCAUUUAAAGUAUUCUAUAUCGCGGCUGUUGAAGAAUUCUACCAGUAUGGUAAAAUUUCGAAUGAGUGACGUCACUCUGCGUAAUCAGUCACACACAUGAGAUAGUAAAUAUCGCUAGUGAUUGUAAAUGCUCAUAUGUAUGAGAAUGAGCUGAUUAAAAGCCAAAACAUAAGGCAAAAAGCAAACUUCAGCUCUGGCUUCCUCCAGUAACUUCAAUCGUCUGUGAAUGCUGAACACGUUCGCAUUCAAAAGACAUCCAGUGCUCAGAACAUUACCGGUUUUGAUGCAAAAUUAAAUUAUAGAUUUUUAAUCACUUACUUAGCAAUAUUGUGAAGAAAAUAUUGAGCAAAAGUGAAGGUUGUCUGGGACGUUUCAUUGUGGUGUUUGAAGUUCAGCGAAAUGCAGAAGUUAGGAACAUCAAUUUCCAGAAAAUAUCCUUCACUAAGGGAUAUUCCCAAGAGAACACAAUAUAGUUGGCUCGAGGGACGCCGGAUGGAUGAUGGCGCCGAAGGAUUGUGGAGGGUUCAUGAUGGAAUUUACGAUUUGACGGAUUUCGUAGAGCGGCAUCCUGGUGGGAGGGAAUGGUUGGAGAUGACAAGGGGAACUGACAUUACGGAAGCCUUUGAAGCUCAUCACAUCAAUGAAGGACCUGAGAGGCUCCUGGAAAAAUUUAGAAUUCGCGAUGCCAAAGAACCCCGAAAUUUCAACUUAACGUUCAAGGAAGAUGGCUUCUAUCGGACACUCAAACGAAGGGUUCGUGAGAAGCUCAAGACGAUUGAUACAGUAACCCCGGCUAGAUUGUCCAAUUUGUACACUGACACCCUCUUGGUACUGACCUACGUCAUGGCCGUUGCAGCAUUAGUUACCCGGAGCUAUCUGGUUGGAAGUUUUGCAGGGAUUAUUCUAACCUUCUCGGUCAUUUCAGCCCAUAACUAUUUCCACAGACGCAACAACUGGCGAAUGUACAUCUUUAACCUGUCCUUUAUGAACUUCAAAGAAUGGAGAAUUUCUCACGCAUUGUCACAUCACUUGUACACAAAUUCUCUUCAUGACCUGGAAAUAUCAGUGGCUGAACCAUUCCUCUGCUGGAUCCCUAACCCCAAAGUAAAGAAUACUAUCCAAAGAUAUGUCUCAUGGAUUUAUGGACCAGUUAUCUAUGCAUUGCUCUACUUUUCUGAAUUUGUCAAGAAAUUGGUGCUGUCUAAGAAUCACUUGGCUCUGGAUGAUCUUAUUCCAUUUACUGUGCCAAUGGUGAUGUAUCUAGCCACUGGGGAAAACUUGACGACUGUUAUCAAUACUUGGCUCUAUAUCAUCUUAUCCGGAAGCUUUGUCUUUGCUCUCAUUGGAUUCAAUGCAUCUCAUCAUCACAGUGCUGUAGUUCACGAAGGUGAUGCUAUUCGACCAAACUCCGACUGGGGUAUCUAUCAAAUGGAUACAGCAAUGGACAGAGAUGACAUCAACAGAUCCCAUUUCUUCACCUUGACCGUCUUCGGUCAGCAUAUCCUCCAUCACAUGUUUCCGACACUCGAUCAUGGAAUUUUGGACAAACUUCAGCCGGAGUUUGUCCAGACACUCAAAGACUUCGAAUAUGAUUUUCGAGAGUGUAGCUGGUUCGAGCACAUCAUCGAACAGCAUAAGCAAUUGGCGCGAAUCAAGCCCAGAACGGAGUUCAAGGGACAACUUAAAAAGACCAAAUAAUACUAAUAACAUAGACUUCUUUUAACAGUUUAUCAAUGAGAUAUUUGAAUAAUUGUUAAUCACGCGGGGAAAGGCCUAAACUAAAGUGUGUUAGCAAUCAUUGCGCAAUACCUUUUGAAAUACCAUUUAAUCUAUUAUUUACUCAGAUGGAUCACAAAAAUAUCCAUUCGGAUAUCAAUGGGAACUCAAGUUUUUCUUGAAUUAUAAUUGAAAUUAUAUAUAUUGUUUUUUUUUUUAAUAAAUGAAUAUUAGGUGAAU